AAAAUAAGAGACAAUCAAGUUUCACAGCAAUACCACCCGACCACUUCCAUCAUGGCAGUCCUGAAACUGACCAUGGCAUCUUCCUUUUGCUGCAAACCCUACAAAUGGGCCCGCACUGUCACUGCCACCUCCCCCUCUGCCUCCACCACCGCCUCCUCCGCCGCUACUGCCGCUCCCUUUAUUACACCUCACAUUUCUUCUCCGUCGCUAAAUUUAGCCCUAAACAGGAAUAGAAGCGAUUGGCGCAGGUUAACCCCCUGCCCGUCCUUUACCUCUAAUAGUACCUAUUAUAAUAGCAAUGGUAACAAUUUAUUAGGGUUUGCUUUUUGUGGCCAAAAGCGUUUUUCUCUAUUUUUUUGCAAUUCUAGCUCCUCCUCUAACGCUCCAAAAACUGGAGGCUUCUCUGGGUCCGAUUCGUCGUCUACCGAAUCGGGUCUAGUAGAUAUGGGAUCCGAGGACAAGGUUGACGAGAUUGAUUGGUACGAGAAUAACAAUUUAAGCAGUCGGAAUCAGCCGCCAUCGCCGUCUUUGCAAAAUCAUCAUAAACAACAAGACUCCUAUAAUAAAUUGCUUACGCUGCCUACCGUUUUAACCCUCGGUCGUGUCGCUGCUGUGCCGCUUCUCAUUAGCACUUUCUAUGUGGAUAGUUGUUGGGGGAGAACUGCUACAACAAGUAUUUUCAUUGCUGCAGCAGUUACUGAUUGGCUUGAUGGAUACCUAGCUCGAAAGAUGAGGUUAGGCUCUGCCUUUGGUGCAUUUUUGGAUCCAGUGGCUGAUAAACUUAUGGUUGCUGCCUCGUUGGUCUUAUUGUGUACUAGACCUCUGGAAGUCGCAUUCUUUGGACAAUUACCAUGGCUACUGACUGUACCAUCAAUAGCCAUAAUUGGUCGGGAGAUAACUAUGUCUGCAGUAAGAGAAUGGGCUGCUUCACAGAAUAGUGAACUCCUAGAGGCUGUUGCUGUUAAUAACUUGGGAAAGUGGAAAACUGCGAUACAGAUGAUUGCACUAACCAUCCUCCUGGCUACCAGAGACAGCAGUCUUGGAGGACCUGGGAUUUUGGUUCCUACUGGUGUUAUUUUGCUUUAUAUCUCAGCAGGUCUUUCUGUAUGGUCUUUAGCUGUGUACAUGAGUAAGAUAUGGAGAGUGUUGCUGAAGUAGUUGACUUGGCCCGCUUUGUGUAUUUGCUCUUUGCCAAGGUUUCUGGAUAUGUUAUGAAAGGGGAGGUUAUUCUUUUAUUGAAGAACUCCCCAUGUUUAGAUUACUCUUUUUUAUUGAAAUUAGUGAUAUAGCUAUUAUGAUGGCUCUCGAAGGCUUACUGAUUUCUGAAAAUAUGUUCCCACGAUACUGAAGAAAUGUUAGUAUGUACAUGGCCAAACAAAAAGUCCUUUUCACUUUGUUGCUAAGAGCCACUGGUGUUGUUAAGAGGCAGAUUGGAGCUUCCUGUAUCAUUGAUGCAGUGGGUGGAUCUCGGUAGAUACACAUUAUGGGGUGAUUUAGUUGCUGAUGGAGCUGAAGGAAAAUUCCGAUUAAGUUUGAUGUGUAUACUAACGGAAUAUGCAACAUCAAGUAUUUAUGAGAGUUUUUUUUUUUGGGCAGAUUUUUAGGAGCUUGUGCUCGAUAUAUUCUCCAUACUGUAUAGAAUCUUAGCAUAAGAUAUUUUUUUUGUUCUGCGGGAGAGGAUUAGGAUUUGAAUCUCGACUUUCAAUAUUAUGUGAGACGCUUGAUUAUCAGAUGAAUGAUUCCUUGGUGCAUCAACAAUUGCUUUGCAGGUGUAUCAAAUAUGAUCAUGCAGGAGAUGAUAAUGAUCUUAUUUGUGAGUUUUUCCGUUGCAAACCAAAAUUAAAUCACCAAAGAUAAAAUUAUCAGCAUUAUACUGUUUAUGGACUUGAGAAGUCUUCAAAUCUCCAUGCCUGUAACAAUUCAGAAUCCACAUUCUUCAUAGCAAGGCAAGGUUUGAAUCUGAACCUUCAGAUUUUUCACAUGGGGAUAGAUUGCUUUUCUCACAGGCCUCAGUGCGUCAGUAAGGAGUGUGGAGGUACGAUAUGAUCUAAGUUAAUUUGGCCAUAGCACUGUCAAGGAAUAAUCUGUUUAAUUGGUAAAUGGUGACGAAGAUAAAGCAAAUAGCAGAAUCUUCAGAUUGUUGAACUUAAGAGUUCAGGGAAAAAGUAAGAUUGGAAAUUGCUUCCUACACCAUCACAGGAUAUGCAAGACCUGUACUAGUUUAUAUGGGGCCCGUAUAAAGGCUUUUGUCAAGGCCUGUAAGAAGUUUGUGAAGCCUGUGAAUUGAAGAAUGUUGGGUUUGUGAAAGCAACUGCCGAGGCACUAGGAUGUAAGCCUUACCGGGGUGCUUGGGAUGCUACCAUAGACCUACAGAAAAAUGGUGCAGCAGAAACCAGGAUGAGCAGGAAGUUGGAUAUGGUUGUUCUAUAUGGCUGCAGGGUAAUAAAGGCUCACUAUGGAAUGUCCAUCCAAAUAGCCAACCACAUUGAUAACAGAGAAGUGUGAAUCAGUGCUUAUUGAUAUCAGAAUACACUGGCGUUGCAAACCUACAUGAUUCUAAAACAAAAAUAUAUCAAACAUGGGAUAAAUCUCGUCAAAUUAUAAUACUUCCCAGGAAGAAGAUAUGUAGAUGUAAAUGUAUAACUUCCUAACUGUAGUAGGAAAAUUCUGACUUCAAUUAUCAGAUUUCAUAGUUGGAGAGAGAGGCAGAGUUCAGAGAGGAGCC